CCUUUAAAUUUGAUUCGAGUGAGUGAAAACAAACAUUGAUCCAUCCUCGACCAUUUUCGAUCAAAAGUAUUCGACGCUACUCGAAUUUAAUUUUGCAGUCACAAAUAAAUACGUUGUGCUGGAAUAUUUUUGCUUGGCACAUAUAUACGCGUCGAGGUGUAAUUGGAAAAAAAAUUACAGAUUUUGUGUAAUCAAAAAGUAUGGCAACCAUGGGCGAGCCUCUUACGUUAGCGAGAGACGUCAAGAGAUCUAUAGAAUUAUUAGAUAAAUUACAAAAAGGAGGUGAAGUUCCUACGACAAAAUUGGCAGCAUUACAGAAAGUAUUACAAAGUGAUUUCCUUAGUGCAGUGCGAGAAGUAUACGAGCAUGUAUACGAAACUGUUGAUAUUCAGGGUUCACAAGAUGUACGUGCAUCCGCAACAGCAAAAGCAACAGUUGCUGCCUUUGCAGCCAGUGAGGGUCAUGCACAUCCACGUGUAGUGGAAUUACCGAAAACGGAAGAAGGACUUGGUUUUAACGUUAUGGGAGGUAAAGAACAAAAUUCGCCGAUUUAUAUAUCUCGCAUUAUCCCUGGUGGUGUCGCCGAUAGACAUGGUGGUUUAAAACGCGGAGAUCAACUUUUAUCAGUUAAUGGAGUGUGCGUUGAAGGGGAAAAUCAUGAAAAGGCGGUUGAAUUAUUAAAGCAAGCACAAAAUUCUGUAAAAUUAGUAGUGCGAUAUACUCCACGUGUUUUAGAAGAAAUGGAAUUACGUUUCGAUAAACAGAGAGCUGCUCGUAGACGUCAACACAUGCAAUAAAUAUUAUAUUUAAAAAAUAUACAAAAUAUUUAAUUAUGAUCGUUAAAGGAAUGCAAAUUAUCAAUUAUGGUAUCCAUAUACUUUAACUACUUAUGCUCAUAAUCAUAGUUUAGUUGGCUUACAGCAUUCUGGCAAUUGUAUUUAUAUUCCUAUUCAUCAAUAAAUGUUAUCUAUUAUCUAUGUA